AUGGCCCUGAUCUCGUGGAUCGUCCUGAACGUCACAUCCAUCCUGCUGCCCUUUGAGCUCGCGCCCGCCUUCUACCGCGUCGGCUACAUCUUCCCGGCCCACGAGGUCUACCAGGCCCUGCUGCACAUCUGGUCACACGGCUGCAACCCCCAGCUGCACAUCGCCCUGCCUGUCCUGUUUGCCUGGGAAAUCGCCGCCUUCGUCGGCAGCAUCUUUGGCGUCUACCGCCGCUCGCACUACGCCACCCUGGCCGACGAGGCCCAGGAGCGCGAGCUGCAGUCCCGCAUCGACGCUGCCAUGGCCUUUCGGAACCGCCGUGACGCUUCCGAGGAAGACCUGGGCCUGGAUUCCAUCUCCACGGCGCCCACACGCGAGACACGGCGCAGGAGCCGCAGCUCGACCACACGGGCCGAAGAACUGUUGUUCGGCCCAGAAAACACUGCCGGCGCCGACGGAGUGGCCGCUACACUACGUCAGGAUCUGCACAGGGUCAUGACCCGAGAAGAAGACCUGUUCCAGACCGAGCAGCGUCGUAUGGGCCGGGCAUGCAGCUUCGGCCCGGCAUUCGGCCUUGCGUUCCCGCCAUCUCACAUCGGCGACAUCAGAAGCGAUACAAGAGCGCCACAAGAAGACUGUGCGGACAGUGAAAAGUAG